ACAUCAUUGCUAGCUGGGUUUGUUCGUCACAAUUGCACAAUGGCUCGUCGUUUUCUUCUGUGUCGUUUGCAAUGAGCUUGGAUGUUGGGCAUCAAUUGUAAAUUGGGCAGGACGCUCCACACUUUAGGUAGGGUGGCGAAAGCGUUAGAGAAAGAUGCGGAUUUUGGAACAGGCGGCUGGAAGCCUUGCUGCUGCGGAUGACAUUGAUAACCCGAGGGUAAGCGCUGAAAAGGAAGAUUCCUCGGCGCUGAGCCCAUGUUUACAGUGCUGUCGGAAACAGAAAGGAAUUCGAAUAUAAUCCAGAUUUCAAGGGUUAUUUUCACCUAUUAGAGGCAAGGCUCUAAAAUGACUCCCAGCACCUAUUCGCCUCUCUCAUCAGCACCGAUUGCAUGCGGAUUUUACAUCACUGCAGAGAAGACUUCCUGGUUCAGGAGACAAGAUAGAUAGCCAUAACUAAGCAAAAACAAGAAUUUUUAAGGGCCAUUUUUCAUUAACGCCUGCUUCAAGGGCUUUUCGUGGAUUGGAUUUUGCACGUUUUAUCAGUGGUUUUUGCAGCCCGCUGCUUGAAAUGGACCUAUUAGGUACGAUUAGGGAAAUCAGUAUCUAUUGGCCUGUGUACAGAAAGAGGACGAUUCCUGAUGUCGUCAAUGCCGCCUUCAGCCACCUAUAAACACUACUUGCAUAUUUUUUUUUAAUUCUCAGAAUCGGAGGCAAAUGGGAUAUUUUUAUCUUUUAACAUACACAGCAAUUUGGAUGAUGAACAUGUUUACUUGUGUCAAGUAUGUCUGGAUUUAACUGUUUUAUUUUAAUAUAGUGAAUGUGUUUUUUUGUUGCUCAGAGGUUAAUUUUUAAUUUGCUGGACAGGUGAGCACAGCUGGCUGGCUCAGUGUUGGAGAACAGGAUGAAGGAACUAUGCCGGAUUUGUGCCCGUGAGCUAAGUGGCAAUCAGCGAAAGUGGAUAUUUCACACAACCACUAAGCUUAAUUUGCAGGUCCUUCUGUCCCAUGUGUUGGGUCGGGAACUGGUCCGAGAUGGUAAAGGGGAAUUUGCCUGCAGUAAGUGUGCCUUUAUGCUUGACCGCAUGUACCGCUUUGACACUGUUAUUGCUCGCAUUGAGGCACUCUCUAUCGAACGUCUGCAGAAGCUGCUUUUGGAGAAGGAUCGUCUUAGGCAGUGCAUCUUAACUCUGUACCGCAAAAACAACACAGAUGAGUCCGCCCUUGAAAACAAACCAAUGGAUUGCACUGUUGACAUAUCUGGUCUGCCUGACGUUAAAUACAAUGCAUUACUCCAAGAUGACUUUGCCUAUUCCAGUUAUGAGUCUUGGGCAGAACAUGAAGAACAAACUCUGGAGCUACAGCACCACUGCCAUGUUUCAGAGGUCUCAAUGCACAAGUCAAGAAAGUGCUGUGGCUGUUCAGCUCUGAGAGUAGCAGACUCAGACUAUGAAGCUGUGUGUAAGGUACCUCGCAAGUUGGCCAGGAGUAUUUCUUGUGGACCUUCAACAAGGUAUUCUGCUAGUGUGUUGGGGAGCAUAUGCACUGAAGAAUCCACUGUAAUGACACCUGUUCUGGAGGUUUUCCCAGCAGAAUCAAAUGAUGAUGGUACUACUGUAGGCCCUGAUGUAGUUCAGAAAAUGAGUCCAGCUUCCUCUGAAGAAUCUUUAGACACUACAGUUGAAAUUGAGCAAACUGUAGGGAAAGAAGAAGAAAUAAUCAAGGAAGACCAAAAAUCAGAGUCCUGGAAUGAUGAUCAUCUAAUUCAGCACACUAUAAAUGGGCAUUUGAGCAAGUUGGAUUUUGCUCUUACCUUAGUAAAAACUGUUGAGUACAGGCCUAUAAAGAGUCCUCAAGGCAGCAAGUUGCCAAUUAUGGUAAAACCUCGCUCAGUUGGUGUUAGUAGCAAGCGUGUGUUAUAUGAUGUCUCAGCAAGACUUCCUUCCAGUACAGAGUUCCCCUUCAGGUUUCAGGAGCUGGUGCCUAUGCAGGUUCAGCAAAUGGAUCUUUCAGAACUUGAUGAACUGUGGGAGGAUGUGUGUGUGGAGUAUAUGCCUUUUCAAUUUAAGAAUCUCAUCGAGGAACAGCAGAGCCAGCUUAAUCAAUAUGAAUGUGCAGCUGGCCAAUGUGUCAGUGAACUACAAAAAGCCCAGCUUCAGGUGCAGUCCUUGCAAAAGAAAGUUCAGGAGACGGAGGCUGCUAAUAAGACAUUACAAGAAAAACUCAGUGAAAUGGAAUCUGAGCUGAGAGCAAUUAGGCAGGCAACUCAGAAUCAGGAGAGGACUAUUGAGGCUGUUACUGGCAAGAGCACAGAGGUUUCUGGAGAAAUUCUUGACACUGCACAACUGCAGGCUCAAUGUAUUGUUCUACAGAACUCCCUCUUCUCCCAUCAGCUGCAGCUACAAAAGACUCAGCAGGUUUUUAGGAAAAGUGAACACCAAAUUGAAGAACUUACAGGUGUGCAGAAUUGCCUCCGUAAGGAUUUACAGGAUGCCAUGCAGGAGAGAGAUGCUGCUGCCAAAUAUAAUCAGGAGCUUGCUUCCCAGUUGCAACAUAUUCAAGAUGAGCUUCAGAUGAAGGAGCAACAGAUUAAAGAUGCAGAACGUACAAUGCAAGCAGAGGUUCAAUUCCGGGAUGCCAAAAUUCAACGUCUAAAUCAAGCACUCUGUGACAAGGAUCAUCUUGUGCAGGAAUAUAUGGAAUAUUUGGAACAGCAUUCUCCACCAGAACAGAGCAGUGGCCGCCGGGAUACCUUGCUUGAUAAACUGAGAGCUCGCAUCAAGGAAAGGGACAAAGCUCUAGAGAAAUCAAUUGAUGAAAAAUACCGUGCCCUAGAAGAGAAAGAAAGUGAAGUUCACCAGUUACAACUGGCUUUACGUGAGAAGGAGCGUGACCAGGAGAGAUUACGCUGCAUUCUGUCUAACAAUGAAGAGACCAUUACUAGUCUGGACUCACUGAUGAAGAUAAAAGACAUAGAACUAGAACAAGCUUCCCUGACCUGUAGUAAUCUCCAGUGGUUCAAACAAGAAACUGAGGAAAAACAUCAGAGGUGUUUGAAAGAUAAGGAUGUGAUCAUUUCCCAACUAGAGAUGUCACUAAAGAGCAGAACCAAAGAAGUGGAGGAGUUGACAGCAGUUCUGCUUAACAAAAUAUCUGAUGGAGCUGAAGAGGUAAAACGUAAUCUUCAUGUGCGUCUUGAACUAAAGGAGCGUAUGGUGGAAGAAUUGCUGACAGACAGAAACCAGCGCAUGGCAGAACAUGAACAUGACAUAACUAAUCUCCUGAAGUCCAUUGAAGCCAGAGAUCAGCAAACAAAAAAUUCAGCAGAACAGCUAAAGAAGUUGAUUGUUGAAAAAAAUGCAGAGAUACAGGAGCUACGCAAACGGCUGAAUCAGAGUCACCGUGAAAUAUGUCAUCUGUCCAGAUACAAGCAGCAAUCAGGCCAGAGUUCAGAAAGUGAAACUGAUAGACUGAAACACCAAUUGCAGGAAAAAGAAUCUUUCAUUUUGGAAUUAAUACAGAAAAACUCAUAUAACCCAGAAGAACCAAUGAUGAGUUCAAGACCCAAUGAGAAUGCACACCACAUUUCAGAGGGAGUAUGUGAAAGAGACUGCAAGCUCCACAAGGAUCUUGAAUCUAUCAAAGAAGAACUUCACCUAGUAUUAAGAAAGGAAAGGCAGGCUCAGCUUGAUGUGUCUUCUUUGCAAUCUGUCCUGGCGAACCAAAAUGAAGAAAUGAAAAUCAAGCUUUCAGAUAUUGAGACUCUGUCUAGAACUGUUCAGAUCAAAGAAGAGCUUGUCAAGCAGUUGCAGAGACAAAUAGCAGAGCCCUCAGAUUUACCUGUGAUGGAGCAUCUUAUCAUGGAACUUGAGGAACGUCUCAAAGCAUCUUUAAAACAAGGAACCAAGACUCCAGAUAACCAGGACAUACUGGAGGCACUGGUUUCAGAACAGGUCAGGCUCAAUGAUGCUCUGAAAGCAGAGAUACAGCUGUAUAGUAGCCUGGUACAACUCUACACAGAUAGUGAGAGCUCUCAGAAAGGUCAAGCUCUGCAAAAUGAGCUGGAUGCUGUUCAGGCUCUGCGACUUCAACUAGAGGAAUUCUUGGCAAGAACCAGAGAUGGAUUUCUGGAGCUGGAGAAGACAAACAGGAGCCAGUCUGAUUUUGGAGGUCAUGGAACUGCAGAGGAAGAGUUUGACGACAGCCAGAGUGAAUUCACAGACAGCAUAGAAGAUGAAGAAAGCACCAAUGAGAAGACUUACUCUCCCUUCUUCUGUCAGGAGGUACCAAUAGAAAAAGAUGCUGUGAGAAAAGACUUAUCCCGAGGUGUCAUUAUCUCAGAGAGAGAUAUGCUGGAGCUGAGAUCAGAACUUCAAGAGGUGAAAAAACAGAAAAACACAGUGGAGGGCGAACUAAAAGAAUUGAAGAUGCAACUGGAGACUGCUGGCUAUGAAUCUCUUGCUCAAAUGAGGAGCAUGCUGCUGAGCUUGAAAAUGGAGAAUGACAAGCUGAAAAGUGUAGUGGCAGAUGUGAAAGGGGCAUGUGAGCAAAAAGGCAACGUCGAGAGGCUGAGCAUGAAAGGCCUGAGGGAAGAAUGCAGAAAGCUGAAAGAUAACCAGGAGAGCAUUGAAACAGCUGAGGGCCUGCAGCAUGAGCAGCAUCAGUUAAAACGUCAAGUCUGUGGAGAUGAGGUGGCUGCCAGCAGCAAGCAGCUUGUUGAUGGAGCCCAUGAGAUUCAGCUGAUAAAAGGAAAGCAAGGAGAGCUUGGACCUGCACAGGGCAAACGCUCAGCUUCUGGGGUACAGCUCAGAGAACGUGGGGAAAAGAGGAGACGUGGCAGCAGACCCUUUACUUUGGACCUUGGGGAUUUUAUUACCCAGAACGCUAUUGAUUCUCAGCAGUCCUCCAGAGGACAUUUUUGGGAAUACGUGGAAUCCAGUUUUCAUGAUGAGACUGAGCAGCUACGCUCUGAACUGGCUUUGAGUCAACAAGAAAGUCAGGAACUGAAAGAGAAGUUACUGGUAUCUGAAGCCACAGUUGAGGCCCAAGCAAGCCAGCUAAAACAGUACCAUACUCGACUUACCGAAACUUCAGUGAAACAGGACAGCAAACAAGUACAAGUUGAUUUUCAAGACCUGGGCUAUGAGACUUGUGAGAGAAGUGAAAAUGAAGCUGAGCGGGAAGAAGCCAGUAGCCCAGACUAUGAAGCAUUGGAUGUUCAUGGCCGUUUGUUUGGCCUGAUGGAUGAAAGCCAUCACCCCUUGUCCUCAGGAACUUUCACAUCUAGCUUGAAAGCUUGUGCUGGCUUGCAGGAUGAUACAGUGAGUUGUAAAGAUGUUCCAGUUUUGCACCAACACAUCCAGGAUUUGCGUGCCCAGCUACAGCGCUCUGAGAAAGUAAUCAGAAAUCUUCAGGCUCGUUUGCGCUCUGUUUCUGUCACCAGUGACUAUGCUUCAAGCUUGGAACGACCCCAUAAAGUUACUUGGGAUUUCGAGGCCUCACCAGCACAAAGUGGCUUGGAGGAGGAUGAAGGCUGGCAGUCAGAUGGAGUUGGAAUCCCCAUAGCUCAGCCUAACAAAGAACUGCAGGAGCUGGUGUCCCGAGUGGCUUCAUUGGAGGCCCAAUUGAAGACCUCUAGGAUUGAGGGCAAAAAUGGGACAGCUGAAUUGAAAUCAGCAGCUUGGCCAGGAAAAUAUGAUUCCCUCAUUCAAGCCCAAGCACGAGAACUCUCACAUCUGAGACAAAAGAUGCGCGAGAGCCGAGGGAUAUGUCACAUCUUGUCUCAGCAUCUAGGUGACACCACCAAGUCCUUUGAAGAGUUAUUGCGGGACAAUGACAUAGACUACUAUAUGGGUCAGAGCUUUCGAGAGCAGCUGGCUCAGAACAUCUCACUGGCAGAGCGUGUGAGCAACAAGCUGAGUAGCAGAGACAGAUCAGAAAUUGAUGACAAAACAGGGCAUGAACUUCUUGCUCUCAGACUGAGCAAAGAACUUCAACAAAAAGAUAAGAUUAUUGAAUCUCUUCAUGCUAAGCUUCAGCAACGUGUGGACACACCAACAAGUAGCCGAGCCCUCUCAGAAACAACAGAUCAUUCAGACCGGACUUCUUUCCUCUCUGACGAUCACGCUUCCACCAAUGAUGACCUUGAUGGAUGCUCUGAUGUGGAUGCUGCCAGCGAAUACACACAAGAAGGGCAGGUUUGCCUUGAGAGCCCAGUACAAUCAUGUACAGAUUCUCACUCUCACAGUGGCACUAUGCCACAAAAUUCAUCCAUCUCAUCAUCUAGCACUGCACCUAAUGGGGCUCAGCAUAAAACCGAUCCCAACAUGCCGUGUACCAAGCCUGACCUCUCUGAAUCCAGCCAGGCACCAAAAGGAUUCCAUUCUAGCCCCACAUCCACUACCAGUACUUGUACUCAUGCCCAGUGCCACCCCAAUCCCUCAGGCCCCUCUGGUCAAUUUGGUAAUUUGCCAUUUGACCCUAGAUCUACACCUGGCAAUCCCGCUUAUCAAAGCACUCCAUUUUCAUUGGCAGAAGUUCACCAGGAGUUACAGAUGCUGCAGAGGCAACUGGGAGAAACUUCAAGACACAAUAUUCCUCACCUUAAACCGCUGCCCCACUCCACUAGUUUUUCUGAACAACCGCUGGCAGAGUCCUCUGGCUUUAUGCCAUCUUCCCAUCAUCCAUAUCAUCAGAUCCAAUUUGGUAACAACUCUAAUGGGAAGGAUGGUCUGAUAGCAGAAGCUGAUUUGCUGAAUGCUGCUGGAGUCUGGGAUAUGUCUCAUCUUCUCAGACCCACAAGAAACUGUCAUUUUGGAGAUGUAUCUUCUGGAUCCUCUGGAUAUCAGUCUGGUAUUAACCACACAGGGACAGAUUUGAUUGAAGAACACUUGAGUGAAAUUCGAAGCCUUCGGCAGCGUUUGGAAGACUCUAUUUGCACCAACGACCGCCUAAGAAAACAGCUUGAAGAAAGGUUGUCAUCUGCUGGAAGAGAUACUGGACCCCCAACUAAUAUCUAUAUCCAGGGACUUGAGUCAGCUAGCCAACUGUCCAAUGAGAACCGAUCCUUGAAGGAAGAAAAUCUAAGUUUACAGGCCAAGCUAAAUCAAACCAGCAGAGAAAGUUGUGCAGAAUUGAAGCAGCUGCAAGAGGCAGUGCUCUCGGGAAGGGCAGAGCUGAAGCAAGCACAAAUGGAGACUGAACAAUGGCGAGAUGAAAGCAGAAGGCUUCAGGCACAGAGCUGUGAACAACAGCAAGAGAUUCAGCAACUGAGGCAAGAUAAGCAGGCGAGCCACGAGCAGAGCAAUAGGUUACAGCAUGAAGUGAAUUUGCUCCAGCAGCAGGUGACUGAGAGUCGACAGUUGCUACACACACUUCAAUCUGAGCUGCAGUUGUAUGAUAGGGUGUACAUGAGUGGUGGCGCUUUGUCAGCCUACACAGGGGAUGGCAGUUACCAAGGAGCUGUCGCGUCUUCCUUUGAGCUUAAUGAGCUGCUGAGAGAUACUCGGAACUUGCGCCUGCAGCUGGAGCACAGUAUCCAGGAGAACAGCUCACUCAGGCAACAGCUGGAGCAGCAGCUGGAUUUGUGUUCUGCAAGGAAUAGCGUGCGUCCCUCUAGUAUCAAUAUCUCCACGCCUGUGGAAACAGGCUGCAGAAGACAGCUCUUUCAAGAAUCUGUGCCCUCUCCCCCAGUUCGAGAUACAGGCCUGUUUAACCCUGUCUCUCCAUUCUCUGCGUUCUCCAAGUCGUCCGAGUUCAACGUUGAACAUGCUAAUGUUAAAGCAAGUGAAGAUGCUGUAAAGCACACUUCUGCAUUAGAAGGUGAUGCCCCGGAUGGAUCAUUUGCCAGUAAGAAUGGCCGUCAUGUUAUUGGUCACGUGGAUGACUUCAGUGCCCUGCAGCAACAAAUCUUAGAGGGGAAGAUGUUAGUUCAUAGAAUGGAAUCUUUGCUGCAGUCAUCACUUGGUUCUUCUUUCAUGAGCAGCAACAUGAGCAAGGAUCUCAAUUACUCAUCUAUUACGAAGUUACUUGGUAGCACGAAAACUCUGCGGCAGGUCUUGGAAGAAGCCACUGCACUCCUCAAGAUGUUCUGGAGGGCUGCUCUGCCCAGCACUGACAGUUGUAUGCAACAUGCCAGAAAGGAGCAGUCAAUGAAAGCAGAGAUUCAGAAACUAAAGCAGAAGAUCGCAGAGCAAGAGGGUAAUCUACAAAAUGCAAUUGAGAAGCUGAAGAAUACCAGCCGCACCAAAGAAAGCAUGGAGCAUUUUAUUGUUAGCCAGUUGUCAAGAACCCGCGAUGUGUUGAAGAAAGCCAGAUCCAACUUAGAGCUUUUCCAGAAGAAUGAGUACAGGAUUUCUUCUUCUAACUCCUGUUCCCCCUACUCUGCUGACACCACGGGAGUCCAGGCUGGAAAUCAGGGUAACUGGAAUUUCAUGAACCCUCACUGCCACGAGCCUUCUAGAAGAAAAGUCGGUCACAGACCAACAAAAAAGAAAGAGAAGAACAGCCAAGGAUUGUUGCAAGUUGUCAGCUAUUAGUUUGCACUUAGCCUUUUUGCAUUUCACAAUCUAAGGACUUUCAAAUUUUACCCUCUACAGACUGAUAUCAUGCUUCAUUUUUGGCAUUUAGAAAUUCUGAACAAAAUCAGAAGACUUGUCAAUGGCUUUGAAAAAGAAAAGUUUCUUCAGUUUAUAUAAAAUGAAGCUGAUCUUCCUUUGCCUAGAAAGUGUGCAUAACAAAUUACUGUAUUAUUUAUUUUAUUUUGUGGUUGCGAGUUAAUUUGCAUGCUUUACUCCAAAUAAUGGCAAACAGCCAUAUAAGUAUAAGGUAUACUGGAUGUAAAAAAGCAUUUUUGUCCCCCGGCAACAUGCUGCUACCUAAGUGACAUCUUCACUUCAGUGUUACCAUUUAAAGAAAUGAUAAUCAUGUGUUUUGGACAAAUUCCAAACUUAAAAUAAUUUGACAAGUAUAUGUAUUUUAUUUUCUAAACUGCCAAUGCAGUACAAUGAAAAAAACACAUUUUUUUUGCUGAAAAAUAUACUGGUGAAAAUAAUGCCAAGUGUUUUAGUCACAAAUUAGUUUUCUCAUUUGAGACACAGCAUGUGCAAUGGGGAUGAUGACAGUGCAGAAAAAGUAUUCUGUAAAUCUAAGACCGUCUGUGCAAUACUGAGAAGGUACAGUACUACUGAUUGAUGUGAUUACAGUCUCAAAAUCGUGAGCUAUACAUACAGUAUAUAUAUAUAUAUAUAUAUAUAUAUAUAUAUAUAUAUAUAUAUAUAUGAAAACAGGGAAACAUAUGCCUCCAAACCAAGAUUGCCAAAUUCUGCUAAGCCACAGCCGAGUUCUGCUAUUGACUUUGAUUCUGGAGAGGGCACAUGGGAGGACACCAUUAGCCUUAUCUUCUACCUUUAGUUUCUUUAAUCUGCUCCCACAUCCAAAUAGGAUUUUAAAUUUGGAUUCUUCAUAUUUUCCAUUA